GCUGUAACAAAAACUGGAGGAAAAAAGAAGGGAAGAAAAUGGCACAAAAGCCAGACAACCGUGUCCAUCUAUUCCGUUUACAAAUUUUAAUCAUAGAUGGGAGCCUCCUUGUUCUAAGAAAUAUAAUUGAUCAGAUCCUGGCUGCUCAAGGCUUAACUCUAAGUGCAUGUUUGAAUAACGAAAAGGCAACAAUUGCACGUUUGAAAAGCCGCGGCGUUAUAACACAGGCACAAUAUGGCAUAUUGUUUCCUACGGGUGGCAAAGUCUCAACUACGUUAGAGAUGGACUGUACGCUUAUUGUAUGUCUUCUAAGAUGCUUGAAGUGUUUUGGAUUGAAUAAGACAUUUGAUUGGAACACAAAACCAAUUUCAAUCGACUUAACAGUUGAGGCAGAUAUAUGUCGGUUAAAAGCUUAUCGAAAUAAAAUCUGUCAUCUACCUACAACAACUGGAAUACAACCUAAUGAUUUUGUUAAUUGGUGGAAUGAAAUUGAGCAGAUACUUGUUCGACGAAGUUCUCCUGCUCUGAACAUCCAGCAAGUAAUUGCCGAUUUCAAAGCCUGCCCUCUCGAUCUGGAGGAAGAGAAAAGGUUACAAGAAGAAGUAAAAAGGUGGAAGGACUAUGAAGCCGAUGUUGACCGAUUGAAUGAAGAAAUGAAAAAAGUGCAAACAGAUGUUGCUGAAGUUAAGAAAGAAGUUGAAGCAAAGUUUACUGGAGUGGAGAAAGACAUGAAAGAAGUAAAGGCAAAGUUUACUGGAGUGGAGAAAGACAUGAAAGAAGUAAAGGCAACGUUUACUGGAGUGGAGGAAAAACUCGAGGCGAUAGAAAAACGACAAGAUGCAGAGAGAAGUAACGAAGGUGUCUCUCCAAUACAAACAGCGGAGGAAAUAUACCAAACUCGCAAGAAGGAUAACACAAGAGAGGACAUACAGAAUCAUGGAAACAUUUUUCAGAGGUUCUUUGGCAGAAUACAAUAUGCCCGUAUGAAAAGAAGACUUAAAAACGAUUUGGUAAAAUUCUACAGAAAGAAACACAGUGGAAUACCUCUGUCACCUCUUAUUGAGGAAAUAGAAACCCCUUUAGUAGGAUUUUAUGUGAUGCCAGACAUGGUUUCUGUAAUACAGAAAUCUUUAACAAGCGACGAAGAGGAAAAACAUCCAGUUAACUCAUUUAUAGAGUUUUUCACUACGGAAAGUGAAGGUCAGAAAGAAAUUUAUCUAUCUGCUGAUGCGGGUUUUGGAAAAACUGCCUUAUCAAAAUAUCUUGCUAUUAGGUGGUGUGAAGCUCAUUGUAAAGAUAGAGAUAACGAAUCUUUUAAAUAUGCUGAUCUUAAAGCAUUAUUAGACUUUGAAUUUUUAUUUUUGGUUUUACUUAGAGAAUGUUCAGCAAUUUGUCAUGUUGACGAAAUGAUUGAACGACAGAUUAUCAAAAAACUUCCAAACUCGAACUCAGCUUCUUUAAAAAAGAUUUUACGUAGAGAAAAAUGCUUGAUAAUAUUAGAUGGACUUGAUGAAUGGACACAUCCUGAAAAUAGCUGUCCUGACAGAGAUGAAAAGAUUCCACAUAGAUAUGAACGUGAUAAUUGUGUAAUUCUUACGACUACACGUCCGUGGAAACUUGGAUUUUCAAACCUAAAAGCAAGUCAGGUUAGCAAAAAAGUAGAGCUAGUUGAACUUAAUGCCGUCUCUAGGGCGCAACUGGAGAGAAAUGCUAUAAGAAAAAUGAUCGAUCAUGUUAACGAUUAUGAAUUAGAAGAUUACAGGAGGAAUUUUGAGAAUGAAAUUGCCUACCACGACCUUGAAAAUAUGCGAGCCAUACCACUUCUAUUGCUAUAUACACUGUGUUUGUGGUCUAACAGAAUUCCUAUAGGAAAUUCCAAACAUGAAACAUAUAGAAACAUUAUUGAAUUUCUUUUAUCAAGAACGGUAAAGAAACACCCGAAAAUCAAAGCGUCCAGUGUACCUUCUGACAGCGACAUCCCAGAAUACUUCAGAAAUUAUAAUUUUUGUGAGAAAUUCUACACUCUUCUGAAAGCAUUAGCGGAACUGGCAUAUCAAACGUUAUUCGAUUGCAAAAGAGAAAACACCCUAGUAUUUGAUGAAAAAGUUGUAAACAACUAUCUCAAAACCGAAGAUCUUACAUUAAGUUUUUUCUCAGGAAUAUUGACAGAAAGUAGAAUUAAAACAUUAACAGAAGAAACGUCUAAAGUGUCGUUUUCCCACAAAACAGUUCAAGAAUAUUUUGCCGCCAUUUUUAUAUGUUUUCAAAGUGAUGCUCAUGAAUUUCAUCUUAAAAACUGUAUAAGUGUUCAAGACGUUCUUGACAUUUCAAAGUUUAUUUGUGAUAUGAAUGCUAAAGUGAUGUGUAAAUUAUCACACGAUUUGAUGUCUGUGGUAAAUAAUGAUGAGGAAACGCGCAAUUACAGAACUAGGACAUGUGGCGAGAAAAUUGACAAAAAUCCGUUGUUUAAAAUACAAAACGUGCUGCUUUCAUGUUUAAAAAGGGUUUCUGAAAGUGAAAAUCUCCAACUGUAUAUACAAGAUUUAUUCAUCGACCGUAGCAACAAACAAGACACACAAUUACAAGAAGUCGCAAAACAAAAUGAAAAUAACAUAAAGUCAGUUUAUGUAAGUACAAAAAACUCGUCCGCAAGUUUUUGUGAAAUCAUUUAUAUAUUCUCCCUUACAAAUAUCAAAUUUAUACAAAAGGCUUACUUUGAAGGUUACAAAAUGAAGACAACUGCAAUAGAAAACUCUAUUUUUGCGCCUUCUUGUGAAAGAAAUUUGGGUGAAAUCAUGACGACAUUCAAAGAUUUACAAUCUUUACAUAUCGGGAAAAUCGCGAUGUGUCACGAGGAGCUGAAAUCAAUUCUCAAUUUUAUCACGAGUAACAAAGUAUUAAAGCAGAUAGAAUUGUUUGAGUUGACCUGUACGAAACAUUACCGAAGCUGUGAAAGAAUAAUUGUUGACCUUUCUCAGCAUUCUCAUCUUACAAAGUUACGUUUGGGUUUUUUACCUGCGUUGCAAUUAAACAUGACAAGUCCGUCAUUAGUUGAUGUAAAUUUAUGGCAUAUAAAUCUAGGAGACAGUUCAUUACUGUCACCUGACAUGCUGAAGAUCAAAAGUGUUAGUUUGGGAAGUAUACAAAUGUCUGUUCUAUCAAAAAAUGAGUUAACUGACGUUUUAGAAAACCUUCCUCAGCCAGUCGAAGUGAAUAUGAAAGGUUUUGACCUGAGUUAUCAGUCUGAAAGAUUGUGACAUACGGCGCACGCCUAAGUUAUCAGUGUACAAUACAUUUAAAACGUAGAGUAGUAAAAGAAUACCCAUGCAGUCAUAACUGAAACUGCCUUAAUAAUUCAGCAAGUACAAUGAUUGUAUGAUAAAAACUUUGUUGAACUUGGAGUAUUCUAUGAUAAUACCGAUCAAAGGAAUUUUAAUGGAAGGAAUAUGGAACCAAAAAUCGAGCAUGUACGAUAUCGUAUUUGUAUAUAAAAUAAUAUUGUAAUAAAAUUCUAAACACCAA